AUGGGACAUGAAGGAGCAUGGAGGGACUUGGCACAUGGAAGCAGCUCAACUGGAUACGCAAAGGAAGAAGGGAGAAGCCAUCUUGAAGACCAGCUCGACCCUCUACUCGACCGGCCAAGCUUCAACUCGAUCGAGCUGAGAAGUCAAAGAAGCAGAAAGCCCAAGAGAUGGCCGACGAAGCAGCUCGCGCUCACGCCGCUGAAGUGGCGCGCGCUCAAGAAGAAGGAAGAGAUCCACCUCCUCCUCCUCCUAAUCCCUGCUGGAGAUGUGAACGCACAACCCCAAGCUGGAGCACCUACAAUCGGAGACUAUGACUCUGCCGAUGCUUUCUUCAUGGAUAGAAACCCUAUCCAUCCACCACUUCCUGCAAGGAAUGACUAUGAGAUCAAGCCUCAGAUCAUUGCAUUGGUUAGACAGAACCAAUUCAAUGGACUUCCAGCUGAGCACCCUCUUGAUCACAUAGAAAACUUUGAAGAAAUUUGCAGCACUACAAGAUCCAAUGGAGUCUCUGCUGACUACCUUAAGUGCAAGCUCUUUUCAUUCUCUCUUGGCGACAAAGCUUCAAGAUGGUUGAAGUCUCUGCCAGCUCACUCCAUCACCACUUGGGAUGAGUACAAGGCUGCAUUCAUCAACCACUUCUACACCAAACAGAGAUCAAUUUCUGUGAGAACAAGAUCUCCAACUUUCGCCAAGCAACAAUGA